GAAGAGGCAGACGAAAAAAUAGAAAAAAAAAAUUAUAGGAAUCUUCUUCUCAACAUUAAUGGCUACGAUAUUUUCCGGCGGCCGUGAAGAUUACUACUUUUGCUAACAUUUAAUUUCACACAUUUCGCAUUAAUAGUAAUAAAUUCCUCAGUUACUUCUUCAUCUACCCCCCUCUCCCUUUCCUUCAAUUCCGAUUUCAGUUUUUUUUUGUUUCUCCAAAUUCUAAAGUUUCGAUUUUUUUUGGAGUUCACACAAGUUGGUAUCGAUUCUCCUCAUGUCGGGUUCUCUCGAUCGACUCACAAGACCUUGUUUCUCAAACAAUGGUGGUGAUAAAAGAGAAAAGAAGUCAGAUUUGGAAGUUUCAGAAGAUGAGAAGAAAGCUAGAAUUGGUGGUCUUUUCAGGAAGAAGUCAUCUUCCAAAACCAAAUUCAGAGAUUCCUUGAAGAGGAAAGGGAGCAGCAGCCGCAGGGGGGGAAGCAUUGACCGGACACUCUCUCUUACUUUCGAAGACAUACAUGAUGCUGAAGAAUUAAGAUUUGUUUCUGAAUUCCGACACUCACUCAUCUCUGAUCAUUUGCUUCCUCCUAGCCUUGAUGACUAUCACAUGAUGUUGAGGUUCCUGUUUGCUAGGAAAUUUGAUCUUGGAAAAGCAAAGUUAAUGUGGACUAACAUGAUCCAAUGGAGAAGGGAUUUUGGCACUGACACUAUCUUGGAGGAAUUUGAGUUUCCGGAAUUGGAUGAAGUUCUCAAGUGCUACCCUCAGGGAUAUCAUGGUGUUGAUAAGGAAGGGAGACCUGUUUACAUUGAAAGAUUAGGAAAAGUAGACGCAAACAAACUCAUGCAAGUUACUACAUUGGAAAGGUACCUGAGAUAUCAUGUUAAAGAGUUUGAGAAAACUAUUACUGUCAAGUUCCCAGCUUGCUGCAUUGCUGCUAAGAGACACAUUGACUCCAGUACAACUAUCCUAGAUGUUCAAGGCCUGGGUUUAAAAAAUUUCACUAAAACUGCUCGAGAUCUUAUAAUCCAGCUGCAAAAGAUUGAUAGUGAUAACUACCCUGAGACUCUUCACCGUAUGUUUAUCAUCAAUGCCGGCUCUGGUUUCAAAUUACUUUGGGGCACGGUGAAAUCAUUUCUUGAUCCAAAGACUGUCUCCAAGAUACAUGUCCUUGGCAACAAGUACCAGAACAAAUUACUUGAGAUGAUUGAUGCCAGCCAGCUGCCAGAUUUUCUCGGCGGUACUUGCACUUGUGCAGAUCAGGGAGGUUGUAUGAGAUCUGAUAAAGGACCGUGGAAAGACUCUGAGAUACUAAAGAUGGGUCGCAGUGGUGGGACGUUCUGUAGGCAUGCUGGUGCGUUCCUAACCAGUGAUUCCCAAAUAUCUUCAUCUGAUAUGCCAACUGAUUCUGGGAUGAAAGUUAGUGACCCAUCAACAGCAGAGUCAGGGUCUGAAUUGGAAGAGAUGGUUUCACCGAAAACAAAUUUGAACAAUCAUGUACCCAAGUUGACUCCUGUUACUGAAACUAUCAAAGACAAUGGUAACACAAGUCCUACUGUUUUAUCUGAGUAUGAGGAGUGUGUACCAAUGGUGGACAUAGUUGUGGAUGUUGCUUGGCAGCCCAAAGAGAUGUCAAACGCUUCUGAAGGUCCGCAAUAUACAUCAAGUUUGGGCAAAAUAGGAUUGGUGAGUCAUAUCAGGAGUUGGCUAACUGUGUUCUUCAUGAACUUUUUCACACUCGUGUCUCUGGCUCUGCCACAGCCUAAAGAAAACUCACAGUUGCAUCCUUCAAGCGCUAGAGCUGAGCUGUGUGAUGAAGAUAUUGCUAGGGAAUCCCGUCCUCCUUCACCUUCUCGUUCAACGAUCACUGAAAGAGUUAUCAUUUCCUCUGUUUUAAGCAGACUCGGUGAUCUUGAGAAACAGCUAGAAACUCUUCACAUGAAGAAAUUCGAGAUGCCUCACGAGAAAGAGGAGUUGCUGAAUGCUGCUGUUUAUCGCGUGGAUGCACUAGAAGCAGAGCUCAUCACCACGAAAAAGGCGUUGCAUGAGGCUUUAAUGAGGCAAGAUGAACUUUUGAGUUACAUAGACCGACAAGAGGAAGCUAAGUACCGGAGAAAGAAGUUCUGCUGGUGAAGAACUCGAGUUUGCGAGGUAAAUUAGUAAAAAAAUUGGUUGUUCAAGGAUCUGAUCAUAGACCAUGGACCAUUGAAUUACACAAGUAGGUCUGAAAGCAAAUAUCUCUGUCGAUACGUAAUGUAUAUAAUAUAAGAAAAAACUUGUAUUGUCAAACAAAAAAAAAAGCUUGCAGUGAGAUUUCAACUGGAUAUCUUUUGUUUUUGUUGAAUUGCUUUGAUACUAUCGGAUUGUGUGAAUGAUUAA